AUGAAACUGGGGUUGUCCUCCCCGGCAGAUCAACGUGAAAAAGAUGUGGCCAUCAUUCCUGUCACAUCCGCAGUACCAUCAUUCCCUUGUAUAUUGAAGAGGAGGUGCAUUGUUUCAGAUCCACCUUCAGAAGUGCUCGAAUCAGCAGAUCUUCUACGAGAGAUCCUUGUGAAGCUUCCGCCAAAAACUGUCUUUGGUUUUACGUUGGUUCCUCAGAAUCCAUCAGCUGUUUUUGUCAGAAGACUGGUACUGCAGGAGGACCAUGAUGUUGUCAAAUACACCCAUAUUCCUCUUGAGGGUGUCACUAGAGGUGGUCGUGUACGGGUUAGACGUAGUCCUCUAAGCCUGAAUUUGAUGGAAGAAGAAGAAUUCAACCAGGCCUCUUUCGUGAUUCAACAUUCGAGCAACGGCCUUAUGAUUUGUUCAUCAUGUAACGGCAGAUGUUAUUUCUUGUUUAACCCCACUAAUAAGAAGUGUGUUAGGAUUCCGGUGCUAAUUAAUUUUUGUUAUUGGGUCAUAUCAAUGCACAUAUCUUUUCUAGCCCCGGGCAGACAUAAAAUCAUUGCUGUGUAUCUUCCCACAUAUCGUGGUGACAGAUUGAAACUUCUGGUCCUGGAGCCUAAUCAAAACCCGCUGCAAUGGAGAAACACGGGAGUGGAGUUUCCUGUCACAGGCACGGAAGUGGUUAAUUAUUGGUACGGCGUAGAUAUGGAUGGUGUAAUUUAUUGGCCAUGCUAUGAAUCAAGUGGACUCAUGUUUUUCGAUGUGAGGGAAGAGACUGUUCACUGGCUACCUGAGGUGCCGCACCCAUAUAAUAAAUUUUCUGGAUUGGCUUAUUUUGGUGAGUGCAAGGGUAAUUUGUGUAUGGUUGCAGAUGUUAGUAUGAGAAGGGGAACCUUCGACAUGCUGGAGCUGAAGACUGAUCGCUCCAUGUGGUUCAUUAAGUAUCACAUAUUCACAUUGACCUCACAGGGAGAGUGA